UUUUUAUUGUUACUUCUUGCAAAACUUGAUGUCAAGAUAAGGUCAUCCCUUUUCGUAUUAAACGAACUGAUUGAAUGAUGUUACUAAAUCUAAGUGACUACGAGUUUCUCAAGUUUCUUAUUGAAAAGAAGGGGACUUUGAAUUUUGUGGGCAAAGAAGAAUGAAAAUGAUUCAUUCAUCAAUCGACAUUCCCCGCUAUUACAUGUCGUUUCGUUAGCAAUAUUUUUUUGAAGUGUUGAUGGCCGGUUUGUUUUUUCCGGUACCGCCAAGUCGAGUGCUUCAAUAGUUCAAAGAAUCCUCUUUCCAAGCACCCAAAACGCUAAAACCCUAAACCCCAAAUUAGUGCUGGUGAAGAAUACUGAAAAAUAUGGCGUCACUUUGGCUCACUCGCUCCACCUCACGCGCCCGCCUCAGACACUCUCUCUCUUCUUCACUCUCUAUCAUCUCUUCUUCUUCUUCUUCUUCUUCUUCUUCUUCAUCCCCAACCACGAUUACCAGCCCCAAUUUCAUUACUCGACUCUCUCAUUUGUUCCCUGAUUUCGAAAAUUCUCGUCAUCAUUUCAACGUUUCCAAGAAAAAUCUGUCGCUCCUCUCAAACUUCAGACCUGGAAUUGCUUGGAUUUCGACCUCUUCUGGCGUCGCGGACAACUCGGGUAAAGGUGAUCAAAAUAACAAGAAUGUUGCGGGGGGUCCCUCUUGGAUUGACGUUUAUUUGCCUAGAGGAAUUCAGCCUUACGCUAAGCUUGCCCGCCUCGAUAAGCCAAUUGGGACUUGGUUGCUCGCUUGGCCUUGUAUGUGGUCAAUUACAUUAGCAUCAACACCAGGCCAACUUCCUGAUUUUAAGAUGGCGGCUUUAUUUGGUUGCGGGGCUUUGCUUUUGAGGGGUGCUGGUUGUACCGUCAAUGACCUCCUUGAUCGGGAUAUUGAUACUAUGGUAGAACGUACAAAGCUAAGACCAGUUGCAAGUGGUCUUUUGACACCAUUUCAAGGCAUUUGUUUUCUUGGGUUUCAACUGCUUUUGGGUCUUGGCAUUCUCCUUCAACUUAAUAAUUACAGUCGUGUAUUAGGGGCUUCAUCCUUGUUGCUAGUCUUCUCGUAUCCUCUCAUGAAGAGGUUUACAUUUUGGCCCCAAGCCUAUCUUGGUCUGACUUUCAACUGGGGAGCCUUAUUAGGUUGGUCGGCUGUUAAAGGAAGUCUAGAUCCUGCCAUUGUGUUCCCACUGUACUUCUCUGGAGUAUUCUGGACUCUUGUGUAUGAUACAAUAUAUGCACAUCAGGAUAAAGAGGAUGAUAUGAAAGUUGGUGUUAAAUCUACAGCUUUGAGGUUUGGGGAUUCAACUAAGGAGUGGACUACUGGGUUUGGGAUUGCAUGCAUAAGUAGUCUUGCUCUCAGUGGAUACAAUGCUGAUAUAGGAUGGCCAUAUUAUGCCUUCCUUGCAGCUGCAUCUGGACAAUUGGCUUGGCAGAUAUGGACUGUUAAUCUAACAUGCCGAGCAGAUUGCAAUAGAAAGUUUGUGUCCAACAAGUGGUUUGGUGCGCUUAUUUUCAGUGGGAUUUUAUUUGGAAGAGUCUUCUGAUAAAGGUAUUCAUUUAUAAAUUCUUUUUGCCCCCUAAAGGUGCUAGUGUCCUACCUGUAAAGGGCAUAAUAUAAACAAUAGUAGAUUAUAGUUGUAGAAAUGAUUUUGCUGUAUUUUUAUUACCAGCUUAAUACUAGUUGGUAAGGACUUUAUUAUUACCUUGAAGCUGGUAUUAUGUUCGGUGAAUCUCACCUUUUUUACCAACCAGGUACAAUUAGACUUCCCAAACUAUUGAAACCAGAAACAUUUUCUGAGUGAUUAGGUAAAUAAUUUGAAGAGGGUUAAAGUUUACUCUUCGUACAUCAGAAAUAUUGAUACUUA